GCAGUUCCUUGGUUUUAUUUUCUUAUUUAUUUUUUUCUAGAUUCUCAUGGCUACCCCUCGCAUCAGAACUGAUGACGUUUAUCCUUACCUACUAGAUGGACUGACUGAAGAACCCAAUCUUCAUCGCAAGGUUGUCAAGCAACGACCGGUCCUUGAUGCUCAAGAACAUGUUGCUAGUGGAGACGGUGACGCUGAACCUAUGUCUCAGGGUUCCACUAAAGAACAUAUUCAAACCAAGGAUGUUGUGUUGAGCGCUGGAGACUCCGCAGUUUGUUUCUGCGGAGUAGAUUGGCAAGAUGGUCCUAUGCUCCAAUGUUUUGUAUGUAAGAAGACCAGUCAUGGUAUCUGCUACAAGAUAUUGCUGACGGAUCAACCAAUCCCUCAGGGCGCAUGCCUGGAGUGCAGUGAGACGUAUCCAUGUUUCAACCCUAGGCUCUCAAUAAUUGUUCAAAAGAGUGGACUUGAGAAGAUUUUAAACAGGGCUCAUAUCAGGAUGGUUAUGUUCCUUCUCUUCGGUAGAUCAGAGAUCGCGAUCAGAGAUCUGGAGAAACUAUUCACGGAGGAGAAAUCAGAAACGAUUCUGGAAUUCCUGGCUGACCUUAAGAUCAUUAUUCCUAGUGACGCCGGCAAUGGGUAUUACGUCGAGAAAAAUGCGUUGUAUGCGAACUAUGAAAAAUCCCUGGGCCGUGUAAAUCUUGUGGAGUUGAUCAAACUGUCUGAGCAGUCAGAGUUCAACAAGAAGAUAAAUCUAAAGGAGGAUGCGAGUAUGCCGAUGGAAUCGAUGUCCCUGCUAGCUGAGGGGAACUACGAAGAACCUCCUACUGAGCCUGAGAAUAGUAUACCCGAGCAUACAGGCCGCCAGGGGGGGAGGUCUCUCAAGCGGAAGAAAAAAGCUGUUAACAUGGAGAACCCAAGGACUUCUGGCAAAUCUUCAGAAAGCAAGAGAAACAAAAUAUAAGAUAUUGUACUGAUAUUAUGAUCAUUUCUGUAAAUUCUCCGAUAUUUUCUCUAUUUUAAGCAAAUUGAAAACAUGAUUUUGUGAAUUUA